CAUAUUUUAGAUUAGGAAACUACAAUGUAUUUUCUUCCUCACGUAAGAUGGAAUUUCGUGAUGUAUACAGUGAUUUCGUGUUUUAUACUUCACUAUGAAUAUUCAACAGCCAACGACCUGAAAUGUGAAGACCUGCUGAUGGGACAGUACUACUGCAAAGAACCACUGAUAGAUGCGGAAACUCAGGCAGAAGUUAACUGUGAUCCAGAGUCAAAGACUACACCCACAGAAUGCAUCAUAGCUGAAGGCAUAAAAUGUAUUCCACAGCAUUCAGGAACUCCAUACACCUUCAAUGGGACAGAAGUUGGUUUCAGCAGACCAGUGCCUUGCAGAUGGACAAAUGGAUAUAACUUUGAGACUGCAUUACUUCUGUCUGUCUUCCUUGGGAUGUUUGGAGUGGACAGAUUUUAUCUUGGAUAUCCUGCAAUUGGGCUUCUGAAAUUUUCUACUUUAGGCUUCUUUUUCCUUGGACAAUUAAUUGAUAUAUUGUUGAUAGCCCUGCAGGUGGUGAAACCCUCAGAUGGAUCUGAUUAUAUCAUGAACUACUUUGGUGUUGGAUUGACUCGGAUUCAGACAGACAAUGAUACUUAUAUUAAACCAGAUGAAUCCUGGAAUUUAUCAUAAAGUUAUUAAUUUAUUGUUUAAUGUUUUUAUUGUGCUAAAAAUUUAUUUCAUUCAGUUUGAAUAUUUUUUAUGAAUGUAACUGGUUGGCCUCAUCAAUUGUUUUUCUGUUCAUCCAUCUUAAAAUGUUUUGCUGUGUAAGCCUGUGUUUUAUUUUUAAUUGAAGUAUAGCCCGGCAUUGAUGUUUUUUUAUUUACAGUUAACCAAGAUUUGUUACAACAUUUACUCACAAUUUAUCAGUUUGGAAUCAAUCAGUGAAUAUUAAAUUUUAUGACAGGAAUCAUUCUUAUAAAUAUACACAUUAACUAAAUAAAUGGUUCCUGGCCACUAGUGGCUAGAAAUAUUCUUGAUAAGACUUAGAGGUUGCCAAUCUUACAGAUAUUUCUCUCUGUCAAAUAAAAGUUGGUUUACACUAUACUAAAAUAGUUGUGACACAUCUGUCUAAUUGCAAUUAUGUACUAUGUUUUUGAAUUGCAAUUGACUUACAUUUCUUUCUUAUGUGAUUUUGUUUAAAGACUGUAUUUCGGUCAGAAUGGUAUAUGCUGAUUGAAGUUACAUGGUGGUACUUGCAAAUCCCCCCCCCCCCCCCAAAAAAAAUAAAUAAAUAAAUUGACCUGUCUUUAAAUGUAAUUGUAAUUGAUGGUAUAAUUAAUGUUUUAUAUAUUUUUUGCCAUUUUAGAUGUGAUGUAUUUCACAGUGAUGUGACAUUAGUUGUCAAGCUCAUAUUUAUUCAACAGGUUUCUUUACAUUCUAUAUCAUGUAUAUAUUUGAGCAAAAGCACUUUAUCUAACGUUGUAACAUUUAAAUCCUCAAUAAAUUUAAUAAAAAUGA